AUGGCAGUCUCUAAUUGUUGAAAAAAAUUAAGGAAAACCGCGUGUUGCGUCUGUAAAUGUUUGUAAAAAUUCAAAAGAAAAACGUGUAUAGACAAAGUUUUCCAAUAACAUAUUUUUUUCCAUGGCCAAAGUACAUUUAGUAUAAAACACAAAUCUUUAAUACAUUUUUGUCAGUGUUGUGUCAUUCAUCCUCUUCUUGAUAUUCUAUAAGCCAUGACGACUGCUUAUGGUAUCCAUCUUGGCAAUAACUCGGCCUGUUUGGCUUCUUAUACCAACGGGGCUGCAGCUGUGAUAGCCAAUGAUGCAGGUGACAGAGUGACACCAGCUAUUGUAGCUUUAAAUGGGUCAGAAUGGGAGAUUGGCCUCACAGCCAAAUCAGGUCAGGCUCUUACUAAAUCUAUCAUAAAGCACAAUAAACGGCUUAUGAAUUGCAAUUGGAAUGAGGAAGACUUGGUUUAUGUUGAAUCUUCAUCGUCUUGUCGUAUACAAAAUGAAGAAACCCUUGCUUAUGAAUUUGAAACAAGUGAAACUACUCAGUACUCGGAUCCUGACAAUAUUGCCACCAAAAUGUACGCUAAAUUGUUUACUAUCGCUAGCCAUUCAAUGAGAAAUGAGGGUGAUUUGAAACUAGUUCUAGCAGCACCACUUCAUUGGUCAAAUGAGAGCAGAGAUCGUUUAGUGAAAUCUGCUGAAUUAGCUGGAUUUGAAGUUCUCCAAAUUAUUAGUGAGCCUGCAGCUUCAUUAUUGGCAUAUAGUGUUGAAGAGAUAGAAGAGGAUAUCAAUGUAUUGGUGUAUAGACUUGGUGGCUCAACUUGUGAUGCAUCAAUACUAAGAAUUUGUAAUGGUUUUAUUUCUGUUGAAAAAAGUAUUUUCCGUUCUGAUUUAGGUGGACAAUGUCUAACAAAAGAUUUGGCUGAGUUUAUUGCACAAGAGGUAAAACAGAAAUGGAAAUUAGACCCACGAGAAAGCAAGAGGGCAAUGGCUAAAUUAAUGCUACAUGCUGAUAACUGCAAACAUGUGUUAUCUACACUAAAUUCUGCUCAUGUUUUUAUAGAAUCAUUAUUAGAUGGUGUUGAUUGGAGUCAAAAUAUAUCGCGUGCCAGGUUUGAAAAUAUAAUAUCUUCGAAAAUUUCGAUGUAUAUUGAACCUGCUCAGAAGUUAAUUGAAAAUUUUGAUGGCAAAAUAAGCAAGAUAGUUUUAUGCGGAGGCAGUAUGAAAAUACCGAAAUUUCAGUCGGCAAUAGCAAAUCUACUUCCAGAAGCAGAAUUACUUUCUGGAAUAAAUCCCGAUGAAGUGAUUGCUAUAGGCUGUGCUCGACAAGCAGGCAUGCUCUUUGAUAUUCCAGAAUUUAAUCUUCAUGAUGUCAGUACAGAUGUAGAUUUUCUGGGAAAAGACAUCUACUUAAAAUAUUUAGACCAGACAAUUCAAAUAUUUAAAGAAGGAACACCAACAUUCGCCCAAAAUGUGUGCACUGUUGAAGCCGGUAAUGAUGUAAAAAACAUAAGCUUUAGCUUACAUGACAAUCCAGAAGGAAACGAAUUUGCAAAAGAAACCUUUGAUGUUGAAAAUUUAUCUAAACCAUUUUCUUUAAAAGCUACUUUACAACAUUCAAAGAUUUUGCUUCAAGUUGAAUAAUAAAA